UUGUUGCUCAGUGUUUCCACUGAUCCCACAUCAGCGCAGCGUCUCAGAGAAGAUGGCACUGGCUGACACAGAGCGCGGAGUGUCCAACUGCGGGGACUCGGGCUCCCCGUUCUCAGAGAUUAUUGAGCUGAACGUCGGCGGACAGGUUUAUGUCACCAGGCACAAGACUCUGAUCGCCGUCCCAGACUCGCUCCUCUGGAACAUGUUCAGCAAGAAGUCACCCAAGGAGUUGGCGAGAGACAGCAAAGGGCGCUUCUUCUUGGACAGGGACGGGUUCUUGUUCCGUUACAUCCUAGAUUAUCUCCGAGACCUGAACUUGGUCCUGCCGGACUACUUCCCCGAGAAGAGUCGACUGCAGAGGGAGGCUGACUUUUUCCAGCUGCGGGACCUUGCCAAACGCCUCAGCCCCCGGGUGAGUAAGGAUAAUUCGAUCAGCGAGGAGAUCAGCCAGAGUGACACAGAGGAAGGUGCGCAGCAGUGCGGCUCCUCUGGCGGCUUGGAGACUUUACGCACCAUGUCUGUCAGCGGGGCCAUGCGUUCCCCAUCACUGGACUCCAGAAAAUCGGGCUAUAUCACUAUAGGAUACCGAGGCUCGUACACCAUUGGAAGAGACAUCCAAACCGAUGCCAAAUUCAGGAGAGUGGCGCGCAUCACGGUUUGCGGGAAGACCUCACUGGCCAAAGAAGUGUUUGGUGACACGCUGAAUGAGAGCAGAGACCCGGACAGGCCCCCGGAGAGAUACACAUCCCGGUACUAUCUGAAGUAUAAUUUUCUAGAGCAGGCAUUUGACAAGCUGACAGAGGUGGGCUUCCACAUGGUGGCCUGCAGCUCCACAGGCACCUGCGCCUACACCAGCAAUGAUCCAAACGAGGACAAAAUCUGGACAAGCUACACUGAAUACGUCUUCUGUCGAGAAUAACUAAUAGUAUUCAUGUCAUGUCGAUGUAAAUAGACAUUUCAUAAUCUAGAGGGGAAUGUCUUUAAAAGUAUUGGAUUUGCUGUGUUCAAUAGCAACGUUUGCCAAGGCCGCGCAGUAACUGCAAAAAACACUGCCCCAUUAUUCUAAAAAUAGCCAAGUAGCAGUAUUACCACCUCUGAGGUUAACCAGAGAUGCGAAAUGCCCCCAGAAUAGAUUCUACACUACAUUUUGACAGUAUGUCAAGAGAAGAGAAAGCAGUUUGGAUGGUGAAAGUGAGCAGAGCAUCGUUUGAGUUGACAUACUCAUCCAAAGCCCUAUUUCAUGGAAAACAUCAACAAAAUGCCACCAUCUCCAUUUCAUGGAACUGCAUGUCAAUGUUUCAGUCAUAUCUGACUCAGAGCUGUGUGAAUUGAGCGGCAUCCAAGAACAGACAAGCGGCAAUUAAUAUUCAGUGUCAUUGUAACUUCUAGGCUUGCUUGAUCACGUUUGGCCAAGUUUUGUAUUAUCUAAUAGGCUCUCAUACCAGUUCUGUCACUGACAUGAUUGUAAGUGUAUGUGCUUGCCUGGUAGAGUUGUAUUUGUUAAACCUGCUCAGAUGAAAUAAAAUCUUCUACUCUU